AUGUCAAUGGCCUCCUACGACUGGGAACCCACGAAGGGCGAGUGGAGAGAGCUAUCAAGCCGAUAUCUUGGUAAAGCAAUCGAUAAGGAGGCCACGUUCACUCUGCCUGGAUCGGGUCAACAAAUACAUCGCCCUUGCUUCGAAACCCUCUAUGAUCUGAUACUGAGGAGAUUCUUCGAGGAUCAGCCCGUGGUGCUCACCGGUAACCCAGGGUUGGGAAAAUCAGUGGCGUUGUUCUCAGUUUUACUUCAGCUAUUGUCCGAAAAACCUACAGAAGAUGUGAUCUUCAUAUAUUAUGAAACAGGAUUCUUCUUUCGUGGCGAAGAGGUCUAUCGGGCCGCCGCUUCAGCCAUCGAGGGCCUACCACCACCCGUGGAAACGUUGGGGAGUCCUCCGAUUGUGCUCGUAAGGGGUCACGAGUGUUAUGCGAGAUACGCCGACUCGUGA